CUGCGGAGCAGGUCGCCUCUGAAUCCAGCCGGCCGAGCUCCUAGAGCCCUGGCUUUGUGCGAGCCUCUCUUCCAGGCGGGGAGAGGAGCGGCUCUGUCUCUGCGACCAACCCAAUCAUCCAAGAUGCAGGGGCCAGCUCCCCGCGCCAGUAGCUGCUGCUGGUGGUGACAAUGUCAAGUAACGGCCUAGAUACUCAGGACAAACCCCCAGCCCCUCCGAUGAGAAACACCAGCACUAUGAUUGGAGCUGGCGGCAAAGACACUGCAACCCUAAACCAUGGUUCCAAACCUCUGCCUCCAAACCCAGAGGAGAAGAAAAAGAAGGAUCGAUUUUACCGAUCCAUCUUACCUGGAGAUAAAACAAAUAAGAAGAAGGAGAAGGAGCGGCCAGAGAUUUCUCUUCCUUCAGAUUUUGAGCACACAAUUCAUGUCGGUUUUGAUGCUGUCACAGGGGAGUUUACAGGCAUGCCAGAGCAGUGGGCCCGCUUGCUUCAAACAUCAAAUAUCACUAAAUCAGAGCAAAAGAAAAACCCACAGGCUGUUCUGGAUGUGUUAGAAUUUUACAACUCUAAGAAGACCACCAACAGUCAGAAGUACAUGAGCUUUACAGAAGGUGAAAAGAGAGGAUACAGUUGGCUUUUCUUUCUUCCAUAGAAUGUGAAGACUGUGUCUGAGACCCCUGCGGUGCCACCUGUUUCCGAAGAUGAAGAUGACGAUGAUGAUGCUACUUCCCCUCCAGUGAUUGCUCCACGCCCGGAGCACACAAAGUCUGUAUAUACAAGGUCUGUGAUUGAACCACUUCCUAUCACUCCAACUCGGGAUGUGGCUACGUCUCCCAUUUCACCUACUGAGAAUAACACCACUCCACCAGAUGCGUUGACCCGGAAUAUUGAGAAGCAGAAGAAGAAACCCAAAAUGUCUGAUGAGGAGAUCUUAGAGAAAUUACGGAGCAUAGUGAGUGUGGGCGAUCCUAAGAAGAAGUAUACUCGGUUUGAGAAGAUUGGACAAGGUGCUUCAGGAACUGUGUACACUGCGAUGGAUGUAGCCACAGGACAGGAGGUGGCCAUUAAGCAGAUGAAUCUUCAGCAGCAGCCGAAGAAAGAGCUGAUUAUUAAUGAGAUCCUGGUCAUGAGGGAAAACAAGAACCCAAAUAUUGUGAACUACUUGGACAGUUACCUUGUAGGAGAUGAGCUAUGGGUUGUCAUGGAAUACUUGGCUGGAGGCUCCUUGACAGAUGUGGUGACAGAAACCUGUAUGGAUGAAGGCCAGAUUGCUGCUGUGUGCCGUGAGUGUCUGCAGGCCCUAGAGUUCCUACAUUCAAACCAGGUCAUUCACAGAGACAUCAAGAGCGACAAUAUUCUGUUGGGAAUGGAUGGUUCUGUCAAGUUAACCGAUUUUGGAUUCUGUGCACAGAUAACUCCAGAACAGAGCAAAAGGAGCACCAUGGUGGGAACUCCAUAUUGGAUGGCACCUGAGGUUGUAACGCGGAAGGCCUAUGGACCCAAGGUUGACAUCUGGUCCCUGGGCAUCAUGGCUAUUGAAAUGAUUGAAGGGGAGCCCCCAUACCUCAAUGAAAACCCUCUGAGAGCCUUGUACCUCAUUGCCACCAAUGGGACCCCAGAACUUCAGAACCCAGAGAAGCUGUCUGCAAUCUUCCGGGACUUUUUAAACCGCUGUCUGGAGAUGGAUGUGGAAAAGAGAGGAUCAGCUAAAGAGCUCCUGCAGCAUCAGUUCCUCAAGAUUGCCAAGCCCCUCUCCAGCCUCACUCCAUUGAUUGCUGCAGCAAAGGAGGCAACCAAGAACAAUCACUAAGAUGAUGCCCACCCCAGCCUCAUAGUGCCAAGCCGUCUGUGAAGUAAAUGCUCAUUUCAGAAAUUCCAAGCCCUGAUGCCCUCUUCUCCUUGCAUUGCUUCUCCCAUUUCCUGGUCUAGUGCUCUCAAGACUUUGAUCCUUGGAAACCAUGUGUUCAGCACUGAGGAGAACUGCAGCUGGAUGACUAACCUGACAAAGGCCAUUUCUAAAUAAGGAAUUUCCUUCCAAUUAGUGGUUUACAUGAAUAAACUUUGGACCCCUAUUUCUACAUAGCAAAAUCUCAACUGUCCCCAUUGUUUAACCCUUACAAUCAGUUCUUAACUAUAUAAAUUUAUAGUUGGAUAACACUGUCAAUUUACAAUCUGUUGAGAUUUCUUUAGUGCUUGUUUUUUUUUGUGACCAAAUAGCCCAAAACACCUCAUUGUACUUGAAAACCAGAACAGCUUGGGAAUGCCAUAGGGUUUGAUAACCUGCCAGGGACAUGAAGUCGCUUAAUUUCCUGGACCAUGACUUUGGCGCAGCUGAUCCUGACAUGGGAGAUCUAACACAGUUUUCUUUGUGUGUGCUUCUAGCAGCUGUUUGAGAGGACCUUGACCCAGUAGUGCUCCCCAUGCUGGUUUUUUGUUGUUAUUGUUGUUUUGUUUUGUUUUUUGUGAAAUGGUCUUGGCUAUGUAGCAGCUUUUGAUUCCUUGCCUCCCCUAGGCUGCUGCCCCCAUUCUGUCCUUGUUUAUAACACUGAGCUGUUUCCUAGGGCACAUGCUGACUGAGAGCAGUGUGAAAAGUCAGGAGGGAAAAAAAUGCAGCUACUUUUAGAGCAAGCUGGGCAUCGGCACCUGUCCAGCUGUACUUGUGUGACAUUUUAAGAACUCAGCCUCUUUUUCCAUCUGGGAUAAAGAACUGAAAGAUGUAACUCAACUUUUCCGGUGGCCUAAAUACUUGGGUCAAAAGAGUCUGUAAAACUGAGACUAUAUGGUAGUUCAGGAUGAAUCUGAUGACCUUAGAUGAAAUACUGUCAGUUACAAGGGGACCCUGUUUUUUAAGAUGCAUGGCCAAUCUCUCUAAAAAUGGAAAUGCUUAUUCUAGGUGUUGGGGAUGUUUGCUACCUCCUCCUAUCUUUGUGGUUUUGGUCCUUCCACUAUGGUAGGAUGCCUAGCCAGCAUUGUGGCUUGUCACUGACUACCUUGUCUUGCUCUGAGGUACUGCUGCCUCAGUAGCACGAGUUUCUAAUUCCUUCAAUAAAAGGACAUGAAAACAC